GGGGCGUGUUCUCUAAUGAAGGGUCCGAAGAGCGACUAGGGAGACGAUGCUGUAGUUCCUAGCUUGGAGAGGAAGAGAAAAGGUGCUGAUGGAUGCUUUGCCCAUCACGCCAGGGGAGCUGCUAUGCUUGGGCUCUAGUCUGGCUUUCUCCGGCCUGUUCUAUUAUCUGCACAGGAGGAAAGCCAAGGUGGCCUCCAAGAUCCAGGAGGCUCCAAAACUUCAGGUUGGUGACGAUCUCCCUGGCCUCCUCUCGGCCACAGGUACCGGCUGCCUGAGCUAUGUUGCCGUUGAAGGUAUAGUCCAACCGGCGGAGGCGGCUCUAACCAGCCCCUACCACCAGGAGCUGCGGGGGGUUAUCGAGAGGCUGGUGCUGAAGGAACAUCGGCUGAUCUGGAACAGCUUGGCUCGGAGCUGGACAGACAGCGAGCGGGUGGUGCUGGAGCAGGUGCACACGGCCCCCUUCGUCUUGGCAUCCCCCGGCGGCAAGGUGGCGGGCCAGGUGAGCGUGGAGUCCCCCCUCCGUGCCGUCGCGCUGCCCCUGGAGACGGUCUAUGAGCGCUUCCAGCAGACCUCCCACGGCUUCAAGGACCUGCUGGGCCACUACCUGAGCGGAGAGAAGCCCAAGGGCUUCCUGGAGACGGAAGAGAUGCUCUUGGUGGGCAGCAGCCUAACUGGCAUCGGGGAGCUGGCCCUGCACCCAGACGGCUCCCUCCACCUCCAGCCCCCAGCCGACGGCUCCAGCUACUUCCUGCGCCUGGGCGACUGGCAGACGCUGCUGGCCGAGCUGGAGUCUACCAGCAGCUUCUGGAAGUGGGCCGCCUUGCUGUGCAGCCUGGCGGUGGCUGCCACGCUCCUCCGUGCCCUUUGCCGGGCCUACCAGCGCCACCGGCUCGAGCGGGAGAAGGAGGAAGAGCGGCGAGCCUUCGAAGACCUCCAGCGCCACAAGGACCCGGCCGCGGAGCCUUCGGACGAAGGGUCGCCCGCCGGCACCUGCGUCAUCUGCCUCUCCAGCCCCCGGCAGUGCGUCCUGCUCCCCUGCGGCCACGUCUGCUGCUGCUUCCGCUGCUGCCAGGCCCUGCCCCGCCGCACCUGCCCCAUCUGCAGGAGCCCCAUAGACCGCGUGGUCCCCCUCUACCAGGUCUGACGCAGCGGGGUUCGAAUGCCC